AUGUUUGACAUAGUGCGGUUCAUACCAUCUACUGUCAAGUUUACGAGUACAGUGUGUGUUCACCCUGUAUACAAGGUCUGUCAGUUCAUACCAUCUACUGUCAAGUUUACGAGUACAGUGUGUGUUCACCCUGUAUACAAGGUCUGUCAGUUCAUACCAUCUACUGUCAAGUUUACGAGUACAGUGUGUGUUCACCCUGUAUACAAGGUCUGUCAGUUCAUACCAUCUUCUGUCAAGUUUACGAGUACAGUGUGUGUUCACCCUGUAUACAAGGUCUGUCAGUUCAUACUAUCUACUGUCAAGUUUACGAGUACAGUGUGUGUUCACCCUGUGUACAAGGUCUGUCAGUUCAUACUAUCUACUGUCAAGUUUACGAGUACAGUGUGUGUUCACCCUGUAUACAAGGUCUGUCAGUUCAUACCAUCUACUUUCAAGUUUACGAGUACAGUGUGUGUUCACCCUGUAUACAAGGUCUGUCAGUUCAUACUAUCUACUGUCAAGUUUACGAGUACAGUGUGUGUUCACCCUGUGUACAAGGUCUGUCAGUCCCUACUAUCUACUGUCAAGUUUACGAGUACAGUGUCUGUUCACCCUGUGUACAAGGUCUGUCAGUUCAUACUAUAUACUGUCAAGUUUAAGAGUACAGUGUGUGUUCACCCAGUAUACAAGGCCAGUCAAGUUUACGAGUACAGUGUGUGUUCAUCCUGUGUACAAGGGUUCAUACUAUCUACUGUCAAGUUAACGAGUACAGUGUGUUUUCACCCUGUAUACAAGGUCUGUCAGUUCAUACUAUCUACUGUCAAGUUUACAAGUACAGUGUGUUUUCACCCUGUAUACAAGGUCUGUCAGUUCAUACUAUCUACUGUCAAGUUUACGUGUACAGUGUGUUUUCACCCUGUGUACAAGGUCUGUCAGUUCAUACUAUCUACUGUCAAGUUUACGAGUACAGUGUGUUUUCACCCUGUGUAAAAGGUCUGUCAGUUGUUAGAUGUACGAUUGUCGGAUUAUUUACCUUUGUCUAGCUUGAAAUAUACCUUAUUUAGCUAGGUUACUGGCAAUGGUAUGUUAGUUGACAUAUUGUGUAACCUAAUGUUUAUGACAGCAUUUGUUUCUAUCAACAUAUGCAAGGCCAGUUUAAAUUUAUAGUUUACAUAUUGUGAUAGAUUUAUUUGAUUGGCAAUAUUUAAACACACCUUUUUGUGUCAACACAAGAUAUUUAACCAAUAAAAUCUAAUCUAUAAAAUGAUAUAUAUAUGAAGACAUUAUGCCUAAGCCAAUGUGAGGUAAUGCGAUUGGAGUGUACGAAUUACACAUUAAGUGUUUGUGUGAAUUUCUAUACACGUACAUGUAUAAGCGUAACAGGCAUUAGAUUUUAUUUGUUAUUUUGGUAAUUUUUACACAAAAUAAUUAUCAUUAUGACUUACCUCACAAUGAAUGCCAAUGAUGCUUUAUUGUUGGAUUAUUGCCUGGAAAUUGCAAUGUCAGUAUCCAGUGCCUUGUAUUGUCAUUUUAUAUGAGGUAACAAGAUUUAAUUGUUGUAUUCGCAAAACCAUCACUAUUUACAACACAUAUUAUAUAUUAAAACUAUUGUUGCUUUAAACUAUACUGUCUACCCAUACUGCUUAUAUCCUCUUUGACCUUGACAGUGACCUUUGUUGGACGUAAAGGAGAGGAAGUGCUGUCUUGCAACAUUGGGAGGCUGGUCUGUUAAUGCUACUCAAUGUCAUGUUUUUUAUGCCCCUGGAUCGAAUGAUCGGGGGUAUAUUGUUUUUGGCCUGUCUGUCAUUGUAUGUGUGUGUCUGUCAUUGUGUGUAUGUCCAAAACUUUAACCAAAACUUUCACAUUGGUCAUAACUUUUGCAAUAUUGAUGAUAGCAACUUGAUAUUUGGCAUGCAUGUGUAUCUCAUGGAGCUGCACAUUUUAAGUGGUGAAAGAUUCAAUGUCAAGGUCAUCCUUCAUGGUCAAAAAAAUAAUAUUAAAAGCGGCGCAGUAGGGGGCAUUGUGUUUCUGACAAACACAUCGCUUGUUCUUAUGUUUAUGUGUAACCUGUGAUUAUACACCCCGAUGAUCUUUCUUUAUAUUAAUAUUUAUUUUGUUCUUUAUACAUGUAUUUUAAUUUUUUCUAUUCAAUUGUUUUGCAAUAUAUUUACAUUUCUGUUGCUUAUGAUAAUAUAUUUAUUUGAAAACUUACACUAUAUGUUUGUAAACCGUUUUAUUUACACAAAUAAAA